GACCCAGCAAUGAAGCCCCAUCAGGCCUUGCGGCAUCCCCCGUCGUUCCUUCUUUCGGCGCUUCUCGGCUGCGAGGGUGUUGCCAUCCUCGGGCAGGCAUCAUGGCUGCCCUCAGGCCUCUCAUUAAACCUAAAAUCGUCAAGAAGAGGACCAAGAAGUUCAUCCGUCAUCAGUCUGAUCGCUAUGUUAAAAUCAAGCGUAACUGGCGCAAGCCAAGAGGUAUUGACAACAGAGUUCGCAGAAGGUUCAAGGGCCAAAUCCUGAUGCCAAACAUUGGAUAUGGCAGCAAUAAGAAGACAAAGCACAUGUUGCCUUCAGGAUUCAGAAAGUUUCUUGUUCACAAUGUCAAAGAGCUCGAGGUGCUGAUGAUGAGCAACAAGUCCUAUUGUGCAGAGAUUGCUCAUAACGUUUCAUCCAAGAAUCGGAAGGUAAUUGUGGAGAGAGCAGCUCAACUUGCUAUCAAAGUCACAAAUCCAAAUGCCAGACUGCGCAGUGAAGAAAAUGAAUAAAUAGUUGAUCUUGUACAACUGUAUUUAAUAAAAUAUCCAGAAAGUUGGAAAA